GUGGGUUUCUUCAAUUCAACAAGCUGCGAAUACCCCCACUUUGAUUCAUCUUGCUGAAGCUGAAUCAAAAUCCUCAAUUUUCAAUCGCAUUUUUCUGAUAUUUGAUUCAAUUUAGGGUUUGUGAAAUGGCGUCGAGUUUGUUGAGAGGCCUCAUGAAAUCGUCGAAGCUCGCGUCGUCGGCGACGGGCACGAGGAGGUUGAGCCUUGUGAGCACUCAAAUCAGUGAGCACACCGCCAAGUGGAUGCAGGAUACAAGCAAGAAAUCUCCAAUGGAGCUGAUUAAUGAAGUCCCACCUAUCAAGGUUGAAGACAGGAUAGUUGCUUGUGAAGGAGAUACUAAUCCUGCACUUGGGCACCCAAUUGAGUACAUAUGCCUUGAUAAGGACGAGCCUGCUAUUUGCAAAUAUUGUGGCCUACGUUAUUAUCAGGAUCAUCAUCAUUAGGAAAAUGCUGUCUACAUGUAUUCUGGUCUGUAUUUUGGUGGUUGCUGCUGAACAAUAUUUUUUAUGCUGGUAAAAUGUUUCCCGACUAAAUGCUACAAGGAUACUUCUUUGUUACAAUAUGUUAAAUAAAAAAAAUACAAGGUUGUUCAUGUCACUAUCUGCUAGUAGUGAUGGGAUGCUGUCACUUUGUGAUUUGCAGAGCUAUUUAAUUUGCUUAAGAAUGGAGGUACAUUUUCAUUCAGUGAUCAA